AUUCCAUUCAUCCUUUUUCAUUUUAUUCCUUUUCAUCAAAAAAAAAAAAUCAACCAUCAUGUCAACAGAAACGAUGGUAUACGCUUAUACAAAAUCUGAGGAUAGAAAGCCUCCAUUGCCUAAAACAAAAAUGCCUUCACUUUUCGAUGAACCCGUCACUAUGAAGAACUGGUAUAAGUUUGUUAAUUGGCCUCAAUCCAUUUUAUUAGUUGGUACUCCUUUGAUUGGUCUUUAUGGCUUACUUACAACUGAAUUACAAACAAAGACAUUGAUUUGGUCAAUCAUUUAUUAUUAUUUCACUGGUCUUGGUAUUACUGCAGGUUAUCAUCGUUUUUAUGCUCAUCGUGCCUACAGUGCUUCUGCUCCCCUUAAACUUCUUCUUACUAUUGCUGGUACUGGUGCUGUAGAAGGAUCAGUUUAUUGGUGGUCAAGAGGUCAUCGUGCUCAUCACAGAUGGACUGAUACUGACAAGGACCCUUAUAGUGCUCAUCGUGGUUUCUUUUUCUCUCAUUUCGGCUGGAUGUUAGUUUCUCGUCCCAAGAAUCGUAUUGGAUAUGCUGACGUAGCUGAUUUGAAGGCUGAUCCUUUAGUAAAACUUCAACAUGCUUAUUAUCCUUGGUUGGCUUUAUUCUUUGGUUUUAUUUUCCCCACUUUGGUAGCUGGAUUUGGUUGGGGUGAUUACAGAGGUGGUUACUUCUAUGCUGCUGUACUUCGACUUUGUUUUGUACAUCAUGCUACUUUCUGUGUCAACAGUUUGGCUCAUUAUAUUGGAGAAACAUCAUUCGAUGAUCAUCAUACACCCCGUGAUCAUUGGAUUACAGCACUUGUGACUAUGGGUGAAGGUUAUCACAAUUUCCAUCAUGAAUUCCCUCAAGAUUAUCGUAAUGCUAUCGUUUGGAAUCAAUAUGACCCAACAAAAUGGCUUAUUGCUCUCUGUUCUAUGGUUGGUUUGGCCUAUGAUCUCAAGACAUUCCCCGCUAAUGAAGUCAACAAAGGUAUCAUUCAAAUGAAGGAAAAGAAAUUAUUGGCAGAAAAGCGACAAUUGAAGUUUGGUACUGCUAUUCAAGAUUUACCUGUUUAUACCUGGGAAGAAUACCAAUCUUUGGUUCUUAAUGAUAACAAGAAAUGGAUUUUAAUUGAAGGGAUUUUAUACGAUGUGGAAGAUUUUAUGCAUGAACAUCCUGGUGGCGUCAAGUACAUUUCAACUGCUAUCGGUAAGGAUAUGACCACAGCAUUCAAUGGUGGUAUCUACAAUCAUUCCAAUGGUGCUCGUAAUCUUUUGACUACUUUCCGUUGUGGUGUUCUUAAGAAUGGUAUGCAAGUCAUGACUGAAGGUGAAGCUACUGCUGCUGCUUAUGAUGAUUCUUUGGAAUUCAAGAACAAAAAUCAAUAGUUUAGUUUCUUUUAAAUAUAUAUAUACAUCAUCCUCCAUCAUUAUCAUCGUCAUCUUUUAUUUUUCUUUAUCAUUAUCAUCUAUAUAUUAUUCGUUCCCUUCUUCAUUCCAUUAUCCUUAAAAACGAUAAUCUUUUAUAUUUAUUAUUUCUUAUGCAUUAGCCCUUUUUUUUUUAUUUUGUACAAAUACCACCUAUCUCAUUCAAAUAAAGGAAUUUUUUUUUACAUUC